AUGACAUUGUAGCUAAACCUUUAUUAUUUUUUUUUUCCCACGCGAUGCUACGAUUCCGUAGGCUUUGUUUGGAUUGAGGGAUUAGGGAUGGGUACGAAUGCUUCUUUCGUAUUUGUACGGAACACACUCUCUCCCUCUAGAAAUCACUAUUGGAUUGCUUGUUCACCUCUGAAUCUGAUCUUCGGUGGUAUCGGUGAUUUCUCCCGGAACCCUAAUCUUCAGUUCAAGAUUCAGAUGUGUUUGAUCAUCUAGAUAAAGAUAUAUAAAAGACUACUUACCACAGUUCUCCCCAAAAAAGAAAAGGGUAAAAAAUGGUUGGAGUUGUUCCUGGUGAAGGUCAAAAGCGACAGUUACCCCUAUGGAUGCUUGGGGUAGGUGUUACUGACCAGUCUAAAGAAAAUGCAAAUGUAAAUAACGACAAUAACAUCAACAAACCAGAUGCAAAUGAAAGAAUUGCAUCCAAACCUUCCCAGCCCAAGUCAAUAAAAGCUGGAAAGGAACCCCCUGUGGAGACAGACUCAUGUUUACCAGCAACACGUGAAACAAAGAGAAGAAAAAGAAAAUUGAGUCAAUCAAUAGAUGGGGAUUGUGAUAGUAAUAUCUGUGAAAAUGGAAUGGCAAAGAAAAAGAAUGUUGGAGUUCGAGGAGCUCUUGUUAAGGUAUCUGCUCCUCGGAAAGGAAGAAAAGCAAAGAGUUCCACGGUUGAAAGUAGUGAAGAUGUUGACAAUCCGUCUCCCAGUGAUGAUGAAGGAGAGCUGACUGUGGAAGAUUUGAUGAGCAUUGCUAAAGAGUACAUUGAAACGGAUAAAGAUACGGAUCAACAGCAGUUAUUAGACAGAAAACAGGAAGAAGAAUGCCAGUGGUCAGCUACUUCGUUCUCUACAGAUCGGUUGGAGGGCUCUCUAAAUGUCCCUCAAUGUAGCAGGAAAUUGCCAAUGCCAAAAGAAACAACUUUUACGGAGAAUUCAACAAAAGAAGGAAUUAUAAGUAAUCCAAUAACUGGGGAUCCUACUCAAGACAUGUUGGAUUUAUUCCUAGGCCCCUUGCUGAACAAACCCCUCGAGGAGGAGAAGAAGGUUGAAUCAAUAGUGCAAGAUUUGACAUUUUCCUAUGAGCUCAAAAUACACAACCAGAAUGAUGUUCUUGGGGAAGAAUUGGUCCCCUUAACAAAGAAGAAGAGCAGUCUCAAGGACAAGGUAGCUUUUUUUCUCGACUGAAUAGUAUGUCUAAAUUUGUUAAUAUAAACCUGUAUAGGACAGCAAAGCAGGGACAUGAAGAUGUUCCUAAGAUCCUCCAAAUUGAUUGGGCCCUCCUUUGUGAAUCUUUGUGCACUUGUCAUCUCCUUUAGCUGAUUUUUCAAUCAUCCAGAAGUCAUCUUUGUCGAGGUGUGUAUCAUUUGCUCCUUUUAUUUAAGUGUCAAUUUGUUUCAAACAGUUUAUGGUUUGUUGACCUUGUCCUUGGAUGACAUCUAUGUAGGAUGAAGCAAAUUCCAAGGCAAUGGGAUAGUUCUUUAUCUUUUUGUACAUGUAAGAAAUAAAGAAUCACGUUUAACUUUGUUUUAGCAUUCAGGAUGAUAUUUAUAGAAUAAUUUUUGCUUUUGGUGUACGCCGGGUGCCAAUGCCAAAGCUUUGCUGGUGAAUUAUUGCA